AUGCAACAACCAUGCUUGCUGCGCCACGCCAAGGAUCGCGUGCCGCGCUUCUUGCCCAACGUUCUCACGACUUUUGCAGCGGCGACCACGCCUCGGCUGCAAGGGUGGCCUGGCGCCGUGGUGAUCGCCACUAUGCCGAAAGUGCUUCGGAGGGCAGGGCAAAGAUCCCAUGUUCGGCCUCAUUGGAUGCGCAGAACACGGAGAAAACCAGGGUCAGAGCAGGAGUUCUUGGAUGCGCAGGCAAAGAUACCGAUUGAAACGGGUUUGCAAAGAGGUAAAGGAGCCAAGAGCUUCGCAAGAUGGAACAAGCAGGAGCUGUACCUCAACGAGGAAAGUCGUGAACGUGCCAAAGCUGCCAGUCAACAGCACCUGCAGCGCCAUCCGGAGCUGUGGCGUUUGAGCUCCAACGAAUUGCUCGAGAUCGUUGCCCUUCAGCACCUUCUUUGGAUCGACUUGGAAGAUCUAUCGCUGCCAGCGGAUGAACGUCGUAGUGAAGAUGCCUUCACAGGUGAAGACGCUGCUGUCUGUGAGCAACUGUUGCUGGACGCCCCGCGGGAGCUCUUUGUCAUCGACGGUGUAGAGUUCCACUUUGCGCGUGAAGCCCCUGAAAUGCACGGAGCACAUUUGGAUGGCAACGACCUGGAAAUUCUAAAGCGGCAGUUCGGAGAUAGGGUGGUCGCUGCCAUUCGCGCGGCCAUCUCCAGUGGAGCCAGGGCAUCAGUGCUGCUGAUGAGGGCUGUGACCAGUGCCUUGUCGCAGUCCGGGUUGGCCCAUUUGGAACAGGCCUGCGCGGCCUUGCAGCUGGCAGUCAGCGGUGGCGAGCAAGAGGUGAGGUUUGAACUGCGUCCAUGUGCUCCUGGUGGCCCGUGGGAGCUGGAACUCUUUGUGCGGAAGGCCAACUUCCAGCAGUGCAUCAUCUACUCCAGCGGUGGCAAUGAUGUGCCGGAGGAUUCGAGCCCCAGGGCCUGCAGCCCAUCGUCCUUCUUCCUGAAGUCUUGCCGUAUUCGUUAUUCGGUGACGGAAGAUGGUGCUGUCCAGCUUGAUGUGUUGGGCAUCCAGCAGGAACACCAGUUGGUAGAUGUGAACGGUGAGCCUUUGCUGCGACGAGGCACAUGCUUAGACUGUCUGCCCCUGUGCCGUGUUGGCCAUUGGCUGCGGGGCCGUUGCGGCCAGUGCUGUGGCUGGCUGACGCGGCGCUGGCGGCGACCGGCGGAGUGA